CCGCUGCCUGUGACGACCCGCGAGUGCGGCCGCCGUUCGGCGCCUGCUGGCAGUGACUGGCGGCGCCGUAGACGGCCACGUUGUCGGCUCGUCAGUGACGUGACGCGAGCUGCGGGGGCGAACGCCGAGGAGUGCACGCGUAGCCAGCGCCGCCCGGCCGCGGAUGUAGCCCGCGGUCGCGCCGGAGCGAGCGCCUGCGAGCGUGUGCGCAAGACGACCGUGCGCCUCGGCGGGGUCGGAGUCGCGCGCCGGGAUGCGGCUGAGGAUCCCGUCUCUGGCGCCCGUGCAGGAGGAGGUGGCGCGCACGGUGCCGCCGUCGGGUCGGCGCUGUCACGUGGUGCUGCCGGACGAGCGCCGGUUUGAGGUCUCCGUCCAGCUGCGGCUGCUGACCUCCGAGCUGGCCGACAUCGUCGCCUCUCACUGCUCGCUUAAGGAGCGCAAGUACUUCGGCGUCGCCUAUCGUGGAGAUACCGGCGAGAACCAGUGGCUGCACCCGGACGUGCGCGUGCUGGAGCAUGACCUGCCCCGGGGCGGCCCGCUCGUCCUGCACUUCUUGGUCCGGUACUACCCGGAGUCGUUUACACUGCUGCGGGAUCCCGUGGCCGUUGAGCUGUUCUACCAGCAGGCCAAGAGCCGCGUCUUCAAG